AGCAUUACAUGUAGUGGUCUCUUCUUCUGUUAAGUUAAUUCGAUUCAAAAGCCUAGAUUAUUUAUUAGAUUUUUAUAGUAGGCAGGCAGUCAACCAUGUUUUUUGAGACGCUUCUUUUCGUCUUGUUCUUCAUCUUCGUGUCGAUGGCAUUCAAGAGAUACCGCAAGGUGCGUCUGCUGGAGCGCAUUCCGGGGCCUCCUGCGCUGCCGCUGUUAGGCAACACCUUGGAGCUGCUGGGCUCUCGCAAGCAACUAUUACAAACGUUAAUAAAUUUCUCCAAGCACGGCAACGGCAUCGCGCGAAUCUACUUAGGACUCAAACCCUACGUCCUGCUCAGCAAAUGCCGCUCUGUGGAGGGUCUGUUGACCAGCAACGUCUUGAUUGAAAAGGGCCGCCUCUAUGACUUCAUGCGACCUUGGCUUGGCAUCAGUCUGCUCACCUCUACUGGCAAAACAUGGAAGUCCCGUCGCCGCCUGCUAACUCCCUCGUUCCAUUUCAAAAUAUUGGAAGAUUUCGUGGAGGUUUUCAACCACCAAGCCUUGCGUCUCGUCGACAAACUCCAGAGCAGAGUGGGUGACGCCCCCUUCAACGUGUGCCCCUUGGUGGAGCUCUGCUCGUUGGACAUCAUCAUGGAGACGGCCAUGGGCGUCGAUAUCAACGCCCAGAACGACGAAGAAUGCAACUAUCUUAAGGCUGUUCACGGAAUGAGUGACCUUAUCAUGAAGCGUCACUUCGCCCCGUGGCUCCACAGCGACAUCGGGCUCAAGCUGUCGAGACUUGGGAAGAAACACAGCGAGCUUCUCAGCGCCCUUCACGCCAUGUCUCUUGGGGCCAUCAAAACAAGACGAACCGCCUACAACAAACUCAAGGCCGAAAAAGACUCAAACAAGGAUAUCCAAACGGACGGUGGCAAGAAACGUCUUGUUUUCCUGGACAUACUGCUGGAAACGUCUGAACAACCCGACAGGCCACUGUCUGACGAAAACAUAAGGGCGGAGGUGGACACGUUCAUUUUUGCAGGACACGAAUCCGUGGCCACUACGAUCAACUUCGCCCUAUUCCUCUUGGGCUGUCAUCCACAAAUUCAGACGCGCGUAGUGCAGGAGUUGCAUGAGGUCCUCGGGGAGGGUGACGUAACCAUCACUUCUGCUGCCCUGCGAGGCAUGACUUUCCUGGAGGCGUGCAUCAAAGAGGCCCUCAGGCUCUUCCCGCCAUUCCCUUUUUUGAGUCGCAGACUCCACCAACCAGCCGUGACCGACGGUUACCAGCUGCCAGAAGGAACGGACAUCAUCAUCAUGGUAUACUGCAUCCACCGCGACCCCGAACAAUUCCCUGACCCCGACAACUUCAACCCCGACCGUUUCCUGGGGGCUGAGGCAGCCAAGAGGCACCCGUUCUCCUUCAUUCCUUUCAGCGCCGGGCCCCGCAACUGCAUUGGCAAGAAGUUCGGAAUGAUGGAGAUGAAGGUCGUGCUGGCGCACUUGUUGCGUACCUUUGAAGUGACGUGCAGGCAAACCGUCGAUGAACUCGGCCUUAGGAAAGAACUAACGCUACGACCAGAACACGGAGUGAUGAUCACCCUGCAACGCAGGGGGUGA